CCUGGUGUAAAGGGACUGCUCUCAAGAAGGCCAAGCAGCUGCCAUCGCAUAGUAAAAGCGCAGGCAUUCCAAAUGGCGACAGCAUCGGAGGCGCCACCUAAGACGGAAAGUGUCAAGCAAAAGCGAGUUGUCUUUGUUGUUGGCGGACCGGGGUCGGGGAAAGGGACGCAGUGCGACCUCAUUUCUCGGGACUUCGGUGUUCCCUUCUUCAGCACCGGAGACCUCAUCCGCUCGCUCAUUGCCUCCGGAUGCCCCGAAGGCAAGCAGCUACAGGACAUUAUCCUGCAGGGCCAGAUUAUACCGUCUGAGGUGACGGUCGGGCUGCUCCAGAAGGCCAUGGCGAGCGCCACGUCGGACACGGUACUUAUAGACGGCUUCCCGCGCAACACGGAGAACAGGACCGUGUGGCAGAGCCAGGUGGGGUACGACUGUGAGCUGGUGUUGCUGUUUGACUGCCCGGAGGAAGUGAUGGUGGAGCGGCUGAGGCGUCGCGCCGAGGGCCGUGCAGAUGACAACGAGGAGACGAUCAAGAAGCGGGUGCAGAACUUCAAGUCCCAGAUGGCGCCUGUAUUAGAUUAUUACCGGGCCAUUGGCAAGGUGACGACCAUCAGCACGGACCGGCCCGUGGAUGAUAUUUACUCGGAGCUAAGCAGCCUUUGGAGGCAGCGUUUCGCGGCUAGCCCCGUCUGAGAGUGCUGCGAGGCCGUUGUCGUCGUCGUCGGUUGUUAGCUGGGUGUAAUCUCUGUUCUGGGUGUGCAACAUUUGAGCCCUAGUUGGAGCUUCCUUGUGCACACAGGACGGAAUCCUUGCGAGAGUUUUUUUCCAGGGCCCCUAGGCCCUGAUGUACGGCGGGUUCUAAGGGUCAUCGGUGUGGUCUUUUGCCAAACGUACGACAAUUCGUAUGCGGCGAGGGAGGGUUCUAAAUUGUUCUUUUUGUGGGGUGUGCGUUGACAGCACAUGGGGACCGUGUCUCUGUGGCCUCUCCGGAAAAGGGCGCUAGAGUUUGUACGGGUUGCUUCCAUGAAGGGCCAAAGUUAUGGCGUUGCUAUUCGAAACAGAUUCCAAACUCAUUUUCUGCGGUUAUGAGCAUCAUGCGAAACCAUCUCAACUUCCAAUGCGCAACCGAUAUAUACUGCAUGGCUGUUAAUUGACAUGAUUCUUGUGGGAUGCAGACAACAAUCCCUGGCGUUGCGAUUGAGAUCCAGCCGGCUGGCAGGCAUUAUUUUGAGAUUUGUGCAAGUAAGCUUGAGUUUACAAGUUUACUGG